UUCUUCUUAGUGCUAUAAUAACAACAUACACAGUGAAUGAUAUCAAAAGAAAACCUGUUUUUAGAUUUCACAUCGAAGCGAGAGAGCUUGUUUGGAAUUUGGCGAUAUUUGUUCCAUUUUAGUGGUUUUCCCUUUGUUGGACAGAAUCUGCAGCCAUGCAUGCUCCGGUCCUUGUUCUCAAUGAAGGCAUAAAGCGGGAGACAGGAAAUAAGGUCCAUUAUGCCAAUAUUCAAGCAUCAAAGGCUGUUGCAGAUAUUAUUCGGACUACACUGGGUCCCCGAUCCAUGUUGAAAAUGCUCCUUGAUGCACAAGGAGGUAUUGUGGUUACAAAUGAUGGCAAUUCUAUUUUGCGAGAGCUGGAUGUGGCACAUCCAGCUGCCAAGUCUAUGAUCGAGCUAAGUCGCACUCAAGAUGAGGAAGUAGGUGAUGGAACCACCUCUGUUAUAGUCUUAGCUGGUGAAAUGUUGCAUGUUGCUGAAGCUUUCAUUGAGAAGGCAUUCCACCCCACAGUAAUUUGCAGAGCUUACAGUAAAGCUCUAGAGGAUGCUAUUGCUGUUCUUGACAAGAUUGCCAUUCCUAUUGAUGUGAAUGAUCGGCCAACUUUGUUGAAAAUGGUUAGAAGCUGUAUUGGCACUAAAUUUACUGGCCAGUUUGGAAAUCUGAUUGCGGAUUUAGCCAUUGAUGCAACAACAACUGUGAGUGUUGAAACUGGGAACGGUAUGCACGAAGUUGAUAUAAAGAAAUAUGUUAAAGUUGAGAAGGUUCCUGGGGGCCAAUUGGAAGAUUCCAAGGUUCUUAAGGGUGUUAUGUUUAACAAGGAUGUUUUAGCACCUGGAAAAAUGAGGAGAAAAAUCUUGAACCCAAGAAUCAUUCUUUUGGAUUGUCCACUAGAGUACAAAAAGGGAGAAAACCAGACAAAUGCAGAGUUGAUUAAAGAAGAGGACUGGGGUGUCCUGCUGAAGAUGGAAGAAGAAUAUAUUGAUAAGAUAUGUUCCCAAAUAUUAAGCUUCAAGCCAGAUUUAGUCAUCACUGAGAAGGGCCUUAGUGAUCUUGCAGCUCAUUAUUUGAGCAAAGCAGGAGUGAGUGCCAUUCGAAGGUUGAGGAAACAAGAUAACAAUAGAAUUGCCAAAGCUUGCGGAGCAACAGUUGUAAAUAGACCAGAAGAAUUGCAAGAAAGUGAUGUGGGAACUAGAGCAGGAUUGUUCGAGGUUCAAAAAAUUGGUGAUGAAUAUUUUUCUUUUAUUGUUGACUGCAAGGAUCCAAAAGCUUGCACAGUUUUGUUAAGAGGUGCAAGCAAAGAUUUAUUAAAUGAGGUGGAGCGAAAUCUUCAGGAUGCAAUGUGUGUUGCCCGAAACAUGAUAAAGAAUCCUAAGCUCGUUCCAGGUGGUGGCGCAGCUGAGCUUACUGUAUCGGCUACAUUGAAGCAAAAGAGCUCAUCAGUAGAGGGUGUAGAAAAGUGGCCUUAUGAAGCAGUGGCACAAGCUUUCGAGGCAAUUCCACGAACUUUGACUCAGAAUUGUGGUGUGAAUGUUGUUAGAACCAUGACAGCAUUGCAAGCAAAGCAUGCCAAUGGAGAAAAUGUGUGGAUUGGGAUUGAUGGAAACACUGGAGAAAUCACAGAUAUGAAAGAACGUGGGAUAUGGGAUGCUUAUAAUGUGAAGGCACAGACAUUUAAAACAGCUAUUGAGGCAGCCUGUAUGCUUCUGAGGAUCGAUGACAUUGUGAGUGGCAUAAAGAAGAAACAACCUCAAGGUGGUCCAACAAAACCACAGUCCCAAGUAGAGGAUGGUGAAAAUGUUGACAGUGAACAGAUGAUUCCAGAGUAAUUGGCUAUGUAGCUACAAUGAACUGAAGUUCAAAACCAGCGGUUAACCUUGAGCUUGGUAUGGUGACAUUUGUUAUGAAUAGCCUUUAUAGCCUUUUCUAAUAGGGGAACAUAAUUAAUUGUUGAAAGGCAUCAUUUUAUAAUGAUUAAAAUUGAGAGUGAGGACUUCAUUUUAUUUUGCGGGGUAUUAUCAAUUUCUGCCUGUUUUAUGGGGGUUUUUUCUCCCUGUUUUUGACUCUGUAAGUAUGUAUUUUUUUUUUCUUAUCUAAUUGUGGAGAAGUUUAUUUUGGAGGAUUCAGCUUA